CGAAUUCCUAAUAUAAUCUGAAUGCAAGACAAAGUUAAUGUUUUUGGAGUGGAUGGUCAGAAUUGUGAUCUAUUGAGCGGAACGAUCUCGGUCGGGAUUCCAUGCUGGCAAAUGCACAGGGUUUUCAUGGCGAAUAUGGCAGGAUGUUUCUUUUGGAGAUUUUAAAGAUCUUGUUAUAGGAGAAAAACCAUGGCAGGGGGUAGAAUUAGGGCCAGGAUUCGGCGGAGCCACCUCUACACGUUUGCUUGCCUCAGGGCCAGGAGUACAGAGAACAAUGAACCGCACUCAAUCCAGGGUCCUGGGUACUCCCGCAUUGUCCACUGCAACAAGUCCGAGAUGCACCAGAAGCCGCCGCUGCAAUAUCGGUCCAACUACAUAUCCACCACCAGGUACAACAUCAUCACCUUUCUCCCCAAGGCCUUCUUUGAGCAGUUCCGUCGAGUGGCCAACAUAUACUUCCUGGUGGCGGCGAUUUGCUCCCUCUUAUCGAUCUCACCCUUUUCUCCCGUGAGCAUGAUUGCUCCCCUGGCAUUUGUCCUCGGGGCCAGCAUGGCCAAGGAGGGUGUAGAGGACUGGCGCCGGUUCAUGCAGGACAAAAAGGUUAACUCCCGGAAAGCCAGUGUACAUAAGAAGGAAGGUAUCUUCUCUGAGAAGCAGUGGAAGGACAUCCGCGUCGGGGACGUGGUGAAGGUCGAGAAGGAUAACUUCUUCCCGGCAGACCUUCUCUUGCUAUCAUCCAGCUAUGAAGACGGUCUCUGCUAUGUGGAGACCAUGAACUUGGAUGGAGAGACCAACUUGAAGGUGAAGAGGUCGCUGGAGGCGACUCUAACUCUAGAUAGCGACGAUUGCUUCAGGGACUUUAUGGGGAUGAUCAAGUGUGAGGACCCAAACCCGAGCCUGUACACCUUCGUUGGCAACCUGGAGUAUGAUAGGCAGAUCUACCCUUUAGACCCGGCCCAGAUCCUCCUGAGAGACUCGAAGCUCAGGAACACGGCUUACGUGUAUGGCGUGGUCAUAUUCACAGGCCAUGACAGCAAGGUGAUGCAAAACUCCAUGGAGGCACCCUCGAAGAGGAGUGGAAUCGAGAAGCAGAUGGACCAUAUAAUCUACCUCCUCCUUGCAACACUUAUCAUAGUCUCAUUGAUAAGCUCCGCGGGCUUCUUCUAUCUGACCAAGACAGAAAUGCCUCGCUGGUGGUACUUGAGGCCCCAGCAGGCAGAGACGUGCUAUGACCCGGAAAAUGCCUUUGCCUCGGCCUUGUGCCACAUGGUUGCUGCCUUCAUGCUCUAUGGGUACUUGAUCCCGAUCUCCCUGUAUGUAUCCAUCGAGAUGGUCAAGUUCUUGCAGGCGCUUUUCAUAAACCAGGACAUCAACAUGUAUGAUGAGGAGAGUGGGGUCCCUGCAGAUGCCAGGACCUCAAACUUAAACGAGGAGCUGGGUCAGGUUGACACGAUCUUGUCAGACAAGACAGGGACUUUGACGUGCAACCAGAUGGACUUCCUCAAGUGCUCGAUUGCUGGGACCUCCUAUGGAGUCCGAGCCAGUGAGGUCGAGCUCGCUGCAGCAAAGCAGAUGGCCAUGGAACUUGAGGAUGACGGCUCCUUCUCUAUGGCGGGUGGGUGCAGGAGUCCGGAGAUCGUGGUCACCUCCAAGGACAGGAAAGGAGACAAGCCCAGUGUCAAAGGGUUCAGCUUUGAGGAUCCCAGGCUGAUGGAUGGGAAUUGGACGAAGGAGCCCCAUACCGAUGAGAUCUUGCUCUUCUUCCGGAUACUGGCUUUGUGCCACACAGCUGUUCCGGAGCUAAAUGAGCAGACUGGGAAGCUGACUUACGAGGCGGAGUCUCCGGAUGAAGGGGCAUUCCUUAUUGCUGCACGAGAGUUUGGAUUCGAGUAUUUUAAGAGGACUCAGUCUAGUGUGUUCAUUAACGAGAAGUAUCCUGAUACUACAAAAGCCGUCCAGAGGGAGUAUAAGAUUUUGAAUCUGUUGGAUUUCACGAGUAAGAGGAAGAGAAUGUCAGUGAUUUUGCAGGACGAAGAGGGGCAGAUCUUUGCUCUGUGCAAGGGUGCUGACAGUAUAAUUUUCGAACGUCUUGCAAAGAAUGGGAGAGCACACGAGGAAGCAACAAUGAAGCACUUGAAUGAGUAUGGAGAUAACGGGUUGCGUACUCUGGCGCUUGCCUACAAGAAGCUCGACGAGAAGGAGUACAUGGCUUGGAACAACGAGUUUAUCAAGGCAAAGACAGCGAUUGGGGGCGAUAGAGAAGGGAUGCUCGAAAAAGUGUCUGAUAUGAUGGAGAAGGACUUCAUUCUUGUUGGCGCCACGGCUGUGGAGGACAAGCUGCAAAAAGGGGUCCCUCAGUGCAUCGACAAGCUCGCCCAAGCAGGUCUUAAGAUCUGGGUCCUAACUGGAGACAAGGUAGAAACUGCCAUCAACAUUGGGUUUGCUUGCAGCCUUCUGAGGCAGGAGAUGAAGCAGAUCUUCAUUUCGUCAACAAUCUCAGACCCAUGUGGCAAGGACAGUAGAAAGACUUCGUUGCUUUUAGUCUCGGAGAAGGCAGUGAAGGAGAGCAUCCUCAAUCAGAUCACCAAUGCAACCCAGAUGAUCAAGCUUGAGAAAGACCCCCACGCCGCCUUCGCUCUGAUCAUUGACGGGAAGACCCUGACCUAUGCCUUAGAGGAUGACAUGAAAUUUCAGUUUCUCCACUUAGCCGUCGAAUGUGCCUCCGUUAUAUGCUGUCGUGUCUCUCCCAAGCAGAAGGGAUUGGUGACAAGGUUAGUGAAAGAAGGAACCGGGAAAACGACUCUAGCUGUCGGGGACGGUGCAAAUGACGUAGGAAUGAUUCAAGAAGCGGACAUUGGAGUGGGCAUCAGUGGCGUGGAAGGUAUGCAGGCUGUGAUGGCUAGUGACUUCGCGAUUGCCCAAUUUCGGUUUUUGGAAAGACUCCUGGUGGUCCACGGACACUGGUGCUACAAGAGGAUUUCUCAGAUGAUAUGCUAUUUCAUUUACAAGAACAUAGCGUUCGGCCUCACCUUUUUCUACUUCGAGGCUGCCACGGCUUUCUCAGGGCAGGCAAUCUACUAUGAUUGGUACAUGAUUCUGUUCAACGUGUUUCUCACCUCGCUGCCUGUCAUCGCGCUUGGAGUCUUUGAACAGGAUGUCUCCUCCGAUAUCUGCUUGCAGUUUCCGGCUCUUUACCAGCAAGGCCCGCAGAACCUGUUCUUCGACUGGUACAGGAUACUGGGGUGGAUGGCUAACGGGCUGCAGGCCUCCCUGAUAAUCUUCGUAUUCAACGUCCUUGCCUUUUACACUAGGGCGUUCAACACGAACGGCCAUACUGCGGACAAGAUGGCGAUGGGAACCACCAUGUUCACCUGCAUCAUCUGGGUCGUGAACUGCCAGAUCGCCCUCACGAUGAGCCACUUCACGUGGAUUCAGCAUAUCUUCAUCUGGGGGAGCAUUGCCUUUUGGUAUCUCUUCCUCGUGCUUUUUGGGAUGUUACCGCCUUCAGUUAGCUCUGAGGUGUACCAGCUCUUCGCAGAGGAAUUGGCCCCGUCCAAGAGCUUCUGGGCCAUCACCAUCCUCGUCACGGUCACUUGUAACAUCCCUUACUUCUUCCAUAGCUCAAUGAUGCGGUGCUUCGAACCAAUGGACCACCAUGUCAUCCAGGAGAUCAAGUACUACAAGAAGGACGUCGAGGACAAGUACCUCUGGACCCGUGAGCAGUCCAAGGCCAGGCAGUCGACCAAGAUCGGUUUCAGUGCUCGAGUCGAGGCCAAGAUCCGGCACUUGAAGGAAAAGAUGAAGAGGGCAAGGUCUCUUCUUUCUCUCAUGGCCAUAAGAAGUGGAGCCUCCGCGUCUUCCCCACUUCGUCAGUUUUGUUCCUCGGCAGCCCUUUCCAAGUUCGGAAAUGUUGGAUUCAUAGGCUUGGGGAUGAUGGGAUCCAGAAUGGUGAAUAAUCUGAUUAAGGCCAGAUACAGAGUGGCUGUGCAUGAUAUAAACUAUGAUGUGAUGAAGAUGUUCGCUGACAGGGGAGUUCCUACAAGGGAGACGCCUUUUGAGAUUGCAGAAUCAAGUGAUGUGGUCAUAACAAUGUUGCCGUCAUCUUCUCAUGUAUUUGAUGUUUACACUGGAAAAAAUGGUUUACUUCAUGGAGGAAAUUUCCUAAGACCUUGGUUGUUGAUAGAUUCCUCUACAAUUGAUCCCCAGACAUCAAGAAAGCUUUCAGCAAUAGUAUCUAACUGUACUCUCAAAGGAAAGAAAGAUGACCAGAGGAGUCCAGUUAUGUUAGAUGCGCCUGUAUCUGGAGGUGUUCUUGCUGCUGAAUGUGGUACCCUCACCUUCAUGGUUGGUGGCUUAGAAGAAGCAUAUCUUGAAGCAAAACAACUGCUGCUUUCUAUGGGCAAAAACACAAUUUACUGUGGAGGAACUGCAAAUGGUUCUGCAGCAAAAAUUUGCAACAACUUAGCAAUGGCUGUCAGUAUGCUUGGUGUCUCGGAAGCUCUUGCUCUUGGACAGUCUCUGGGAAUCACUGCAAGUACUUUGACAAGAGUAUUCAAUUCUUCCAGCGCCCGGUGUUGGAGUAGUGAUACUUACAAUCCAGUUCCUGGAGUAAUGGAUUGCGUGCCCUCUUCAAGGAAUUACGAAGGUGGAUUUGCAUCUAAACUGAUGGCUAAAGAUCUAAGCCUUGCUGCAGCGUCAGCUAAAGAGGUUGAUCUAAAAUGCCCAUUGACAUUCCAAGCCCAAGAGAUAUAUUUGGAGCUCUGCAAAGAGGGUCACGAAGCCAAGGACUUUUCAAGCGUCUUCCGCCACUAUUAUGGCGGCAGUGAUGAAUGAGUGCACGAUAGCUUUUUGUAUACCAAUUUGCAUUGUAUUCUUGGGCUUCAGUGGUUCUGCUCAUGGCAUGAACUGCCAGUAUAGGCACUUAUGUUGUUGUAACUUGCACCUCUAUUGAUGCUUAGGCAAUGUUGUUUGUCCGUGCCAGCUAAUUUAAAACGUACAUUGCUCUUACAUCGAGUUAUCAUUGAGAAAAUAAAAGGAUUUAUUCCGUGCCGCAUA